AUGAAUGCUCUUGCUGCAACCAAUCGGAAUUUUCGCCAGGCGGCUCGCAUCCUCGGCCUGGACGCCAAGAUUGAGAGGAGCCUUUUGAUCCCAUUCAGAGAAAUUAAGGNCCCGUGGGCCCAUGAAAGGAGGGAUCAGAUACCAUCCAGAGAUCAAUCGUAUGUGUUGUUUUGUAUCUUUUUUGUGGGGUUUGGAGUGGGGAAGUUGGCUGCUGUUGACCCUGAUGAAGUCAAUGCUCUUGCUCAAUUGAUGACCUGGAAGACAGCUGUAGCAGAUAUUCCCUAUGGUGGGGCAAAAGGUGGAAUCGGGUGCACACCUAAAGAUCUAAGUACAAGCGAGUUAGAACGUCUAACUCGAGUCUUCACGCAAAAGAUUCACGAUCUUAUAGGCAUUAACACUGAUGUGCCCGCACCUGAUAUGGGAACUAAUGCUCAGACAAUGGCUUGGAUUCUGGAUGAGUACUCGAAAUUUCAUGGUCACUCUCCAGCAGUUGUCACGGGAAAGCCAAUUGAUCUUGGAGGAUCACUGGGUCGUGAGGCCGCAACUGGGCGUGGGGUUGUAUUUGCCACUGAAGCCUUACUUGCUGAACAUGGAAAGCCGAUCAAGGACUUGACGUUUGCCGUUCAGGGGUUUGGAAAUGUCGGGUCAUGGGCUGCAAGGCUGUUACAUGAGCUUGGAGGAAAAAUUGUAGCAGUGAGUGACAUAACUGGAGCAGUUAAGAAUGCUAAUGGCAUUGAUAUACCGUCACUAAUUCAGCACAAAGAGAAAACUGGCAAAUUAUCUGAUUUCAAUGGUGCUGACGCAAUGGAUUCUGACGAUUUGCUCACUCACGAAUGUGAUGUUCUCAUACCUUGUGCUCUAGGCGGAGUUCUCAACAGAGAAAAUGCAGGAAAUGUGAGGGCCAAGUUCAUUAUUGAAGCUGCAAAUCAUCCCACUGAUCCUGAAGCUGACGAGAUUUUGUCGAAAAAGGGCGUUGUAAUACUUCCCGACAUAUAUGCAAACUCCGGAGGAGUGACAGUCAGUUAUUUUGAGUGGGUCCAGAACAUUCAAGGGUUUAUGUGGGAUGAGGAUAAAGUGAAUGAGGAGCUAAAAAGAUACAUGACAAAAGCCUUCCACAAUAUAAAGCACAUGUGCCAAUUACACAAUUGCAACCUUAGGAUGGGAGCCUUUACAUUGGGUGUCAAUCGUGUUGCUCGUGCUACUCUACUCAGGGCUAGCACGACUGAGUAUGCAUGUUGUGCUCAUGAUUUAAAAGGCAAUGUGAGCAAGUUAAAAGCCUCUCUGUUUGAUGAUCAGUCUCAGGAAAUGAAGCUUCGUUUCGUCAUUGUCCCCAGUCUUUCUCUCGUGGCCGAGUACUUGUGA